AUCUGACAGGGAUUAAGUGUGACACGGAGCUUCUCUCUCACACUCCGGACCACAUCAUAACUUUUGAGAGGUGGGAAAACGGCGCUGGCUUCUCCUUCGUUUUAACAGCAGCAGCAGAGGCGACGAGGACGUGCACCCGGGCCCAAAUGGAGAAAUCCAAAAACUUUCGCAUUGACGCGCUUUUAGCAGUCGAUACACCCAAGGUGCAGACCUCUCCGCUCGCGCUUGUGACUUCCCUGUCCUCCGCCUCCUCCUCCAUCCCGCCGCCGUCUGGAAGCGUGGCAGCCCCGGAGCUGACCACCACCAGCGCCGAGUCUUUACGCGCCGAGACGCCGUCCCCGCCGAGGAUUUCCACCUGCGGCUUGAUUCCUAAACCGGGUUUCCUCAACAGUCCGCACAGCAUGGUUGGAUUACAUCCGCAGAGCACCGCAGGGAUCCCCGCACAGGCUCUCUACGGCCAUCCCAUGUACACCUACUCCGCCGCUGCCCUCACAGGCCAACACCCUGCCCUGUCCUACUCCUAUCCACACGGCUCCCAUCACCACCACACCAGUGAUCCCAUCAAACUGACAGCCAGCACCUUCCAGCUGGACCACUGGCUCCGGGUCUCCACGGCCGGGAUGAUGCUGCCCAAAAUGUCUGACUUUAAUUCUCAGGCGCAGUCCAACUUGCUUGGCAAGUGCAGGAGACCCAGAACUGCAUUCACAAGCCAGCAGCUGCUGGAGCUGGAGCAUCAGUUCAAACUGAAUAAGUACCUGUCACGACCGAAGCGCUUUGAAGUGGCCACGUCCCUCAUGCUUACAGAAACGCAGGUCAAAAUCUGGUUCCAGAACAGACGAAUGAAGUGGAAGCGGAGUAAGAAGGCCAAAGAGCAGGCCGCCCAGGAGGCCGAGAAGCAAAAAGGCACCAAGAGCGGCCAGGAGAAAUCUGACGGACUCGAACAGUCGGACUAUCACAGCAAGACAGACUCAAAAAAUGGCAGAAUAAGAGACUUCAGGGACAGUGACGACGACGAGGGCGACAAUUUCCUGUACAACUCGUCAGACUGCUCCUCGGACGACGAGAGGAAUCACGCCAGUGACAUAAGUCCGCAGCCUUGAAGCUGAAGAAGAAGAAAAGAGAAGAGGGGCGAUCUCCAUUUCUAAUGACUGUGGGGGAUUUUCGCUAUAAAAUGCAGUUGCAUGUAAUCCAACCUCUAAUCACCUACAUGGAAUUAAUGAGCAUUUCUUUUUUGUUAUGAAAACAAUAACAUUUAGGUCAAGAAUAAUAAAUGGCCCUCAUGUCAUAGGACUAAACAAGCAAUAAAAACAGGAUAUUUCCGUUUUAUAAAACACACACUGUAGGAGCAUCACUCAGCACUCGGCUAUAGGUGAACUGUGACACUGCAUGGUUUAUAUGCAAAACGCUGUAAACUGGCUCAGGACUUCGCAAUCUUUCUCUGCUGUGAUGGAUAAUUUCCUCAGCAAUAGUCUUUCAAUAAUAUCCUAUAGCCCACACAGUCAAUGUAGUCUGCUGCCAUUUGUCUCAUUUUGGCCUCAUUUUGUUCUUUGUGGUGUUUUACUUCCGUAUAGUGUGUCGUCAUAUCACGCCGGAAAAAAAAUGUUAUGUUUAUUUUUCUAUACUGUAUUUAUAAAAUGGUCAUACCAGUGCAUGCUAAAUUAUUGUUUAGCGUCUCUCUUGGUGCAAACAAUGUGUAAUAAAAUGUUUUUAUAUAAAACGCA